UUUCUAACAUUUAAUUUAGUAUUACUUUAAGUAUAAGAGUUUCUUUAACAAGUAUGAAAUUUGAAUAUGUGUGGUAUUGUUGGUUGUUGGAAAUUAAAAAAAUAUGAUUUAAUUAAGUAUGUAAAAGUUAAUGCAUCAUCAUCAUCAUCAUCAUCAUCAUCAUAUGCCUAGAUACCUGUUCAAGACUUACUCAUUAGGAGUAAGUCUUGAAUAGUCCCCGUUUGGGACUGUUCUUGGACGUUUAAUCUCACUUAGGCGGUGAAUGUAUGUCUUCUUUUUGAUUCUAUGGAAUAUUUGGCUCGUCGUUUCCCUACGUUGUUCUCGGGUACAUAUGUAGCUAAGUAAUUUCCUACAUCGUGUACUUGGAGGACUGUAGGGAAAUGCUGCCGGAUUUUCCAUAGAAUCGAAAAGUUGACAUGCAUUCACCAGUGGGAUUAGACGUCCAAGGAUGGGUUAGGUUGGAGUGAUAAGGACCUUGGAAAGCAUGCAUUAUACUCAUCGUCAGCAUGCAUAAAAUAACUUUCAUGUGUAUAUGCUUAAAUGUGUUACAAGAUUGUAUGUGUUCAAUUAUAGUUCUUUUUGAUGGAGAGUGACCGUACAUGGAUGUAUGGUGAUCGUGACACGUUGGAGUUCGUGAAAGGGAUUGAUGAAUUUUGUAACUCUGUCGUAACCUAUCGUGAUAGUUCGGGAAUGGGUGAGUUUUAUUGCCCUUGUGUUGAAUGUGGCAAUUUGAAGAAGGUUAGUUGUACCCGACUGCUUAGGGAUCAUAUUUUCCGUCGUGGGUUUAGGCCUCAAUAUCAUGUAUGGGCUUGGCACGGUGAAGAGGGGAAAUAUAGAGGAAAUUCAAGUGAGAAUGAUCUGCGUGAACAAGAAGAUGAGAUUUAUUUUUCUGAGGAAGAUCAUAGCAUGGAGUGUGAGGACGAUGAUGACGAAGUUGAUAUUGAUGAUGAUAUAGAUAAUGUGGAUGAGAUGAUGCAAGGGGUGAAGGGUGAACGACCCAAUAUUUUUAAGUUCUUGUCUGAGGCUGCUGAACAACCAUUGUAUCCUGGUUGUACCAAGUACACCAAACUUACCGGCACGUCAACGCUCUACAGUAUUAAAACGGAGGGAAAUUGGACUGAUAGUAGUUUCAUUAAGCUGUUAGCGAAGUUAACUGAUAUGUUCCCGGAUGACAAUACAGUUCCCAAGUCGAACUAUUACGCUAAGAAACUCAUGUGUCCCUUUGGUUUAGAGUACAAAAAGAUACAUGCUUGUCCGAAUUAUUGUGUGUUGUAUCGAAAACAAUAUGCGAAUUUUAAUGCGUGUCCAAAGUGCGGAAAGUCGCGUUACAAGCGCAAGGGGGUUGGGGAUAAGAAAGGACCUCCAGCUAAGGUAUUGUGGUAUCUUCCAAUAAUACCGAGAUUCAAGCGCUUGUUUUCAAUAAAGAAAGAUGCUAAGAAUUUAAGGUGGCAUGCAGACGGAAGAAAGAAAGAUGGCUUGCUAAAGCAUCCGGAUGAUUCUCCUGAGUGGAAGAACAUUAAUAGGUUACAUGAGUCAUUUGGUCUCGAAAAUCGAAAUUUGAGGCUCGGACUAUGUACGGAUGGGAUGAACCCAUUUGGCACUCUUAGCUCUCAACACAGUACAUGGCCGGUACUUCUAGUUAUCUAUAACCUGCCUCCUUGGUUGUGCAUGAAACGCAAGUACAUGAUGUUGUCCCUUCUAAUCUCGGGGCCAAAACAACCUGGAAAUGACAUAGAUGUCUAUCUUGAACCACUCAUUGAGGAUUUGAGAAAAAUGUGGGACGAAGGAGUUUCAAUAUAUGAUGCACAUGCUAAUGAGAUGUUCACGUUGCGUGCAAUGCUUUUCUGUACCAUCAAUGAUUUCCCGGCUUACGGCAAUUUAUCUGGGUAUAAGAACAAGGGAAUAAAAGCAUGCCCGAUUUGUAUUGAGGACACCGGUUACACAUACCUACCUCAGUGUCAUAAACAUGUUUUCUUGCACACACGAAGAUUGCUAAGACGUGAUCACCCGUAUCGUAAGAAGAAGGCUGCAUUCAAUGGGGAAGUUGAAGAAGGAAUAGCUCGUAGGCCGCUGACUGUUUAUGAGGUUUAUGAGCAAGUGAAAGGUAUUGAGACGAUUUUCGGUAAGUCAAUGAAAGGCUCAGGGUCAGAGGUAGGAGGACUUUGGAAAAAAGAGUCGGUCUUUGUGAAACUUGCAUAUUGGAAAGAUCUACAUGUUAGACAUUGUCUCGACGGCAUGCACAUAGAGAAAAAUGUUUGCGAAGCCAUUCUUGGGACACUCAUGAAUAUCCCGAAAGUGACAAAGGAUUGUAAGGGGGUGCGAUUGUACUUGGAAUCUAAGGGGCUUCGACCAGAAUUGUGGCUUCAGGUGAAGGACACUAAGAAGAGGAAGGAGAUGGAAAAAGGGAAUAGUAGCAAAAAGGGAAAGGGAAAAGGAAAAUGCAAGACUAAAGUGAAAGAGAAGAAAGACGAAAGUGUUGAGAAGAAUUAUUUGCCUCCUGCUUGUUACACGAUGUCUAAAGCAAAGAAGCGGGCCUUUUGUGAGUGUUUGUAUGGUAUUAAGGUUCCAUCAGGGUAUUCAUCGAACAUGAAAAGAUUUGUGACCUUAAAUGGAGAGUUGAAGUUAUCUAGUAUGAAAUCCCACGAUUGUCAUGUCAUGAUGCAAGUAUUCUUACCGAUUGCAAUUCGUGGGAUAUUGCCUAAGCAUGUGAGGGACACUAUUACGGAACUUUGUGAAUUUUUCAAUAUCAUAUGUAGCAAAGUGCUCCAUCCAUCUAAACUUGAUACUCUUCAAGCAAAUGUGGUUCAAACAUUAUGCAAAUUUGAAAUGUAUUUUCCACCUUCAUUCUUUGAUAUAAUGGUUCAUCUAGUUGUCCACCUUGUUCGAGAAAUAAAAUGGUGUGGUCCGGUGUUUUUGAGGUGGAGCUACCCUUUUGAGAGGCGCAUGGGUACUUUGAGCCAUUAUGUAAGGAAUCCUGCACAUCCAGAAGGUAGUAUGAUUCAAGGAACUGUCGGCGCUGAAGUUGGUAAUUUUGUGGCCGAGUAUGUAGCUAGUGCUGAACCUACCGGGCUUCCUAAAUCUCGACAUGAGGGAAGACUUCAAGGGAAGGGUACUAUUGGCUCAAAACUGAUCUUACCUCCACAUGACAAGCUCUUACAGGCACACUUUUAUGUUUUGCAUCACAUUGCGGAUGUAAAUCCUUAUAUAACAGAGCAUUUAAGUGAACUGAAGUCUGAAAAUCCUUCUAAAGGAGCGAGGGAAUUGAUGCAGCUCCAUAAUAAAACCUUUGUUGCUUGGUUUAGGUCAAGAAUACUGGAUCUACCAACUGCUGAAUUGGCCAGUGUCCCUAACAUGAUCCAAUGGCUUGCAUAUGGUCCUCGUGACAGUGUAAACUCAUAUGAAGGUUAUGAUAUCAACGGGUAUACAUUUUGGACAGAGCGACAAGAUGAAAAGUCAUUAUCAACGCAAAAUAGUGGUGUUUCACUUGCAGCAUCUUCUACGCAGUAUGCAAGUUCCAAGGAUAAAUCUCCGGUUGAUUCCAAGUUGUUAUUUUAUGGCCGAGUUCAAGAAAUAUGGGAGCUUAACUACCCUACCUUCACCGUGGGUCUUUUUAAGUGUAAGUGGGUUGAUAAUAAUCGGCGCUGCGUGAAUAGGAAUCCCCCUUUCACUCUCGUAGAUAUGGCUCAUUUGCGUGAGAGUUUGGAGCCAUUUGUAUUUGCAUCACAACCUAAGCAAGUAUUCUAUGUCACUGAUCCUGCUGAUAAGAAGUGGUCAAUUGUUUUACCGGGAAAAAGAAGUAUCCUUGGCAUUGGUGAUGUAGAGGAUGAGCAAGAGUAUGAUGCGUUUGAGGACACCCCACCUUUCACUUGCCCUGAAACCGUUGUGACAGAGGAUGUAGACACAACAAAUUACAUGCGUGUAGAUCACACAGAAGGCAUACUUGAUGACUCUUAAUCGAGGAUGGGAAGCAAAGCAAGAGAGAAGAAGACAUAUUGGUGGUGAAGAUCAUAUGUUGCACUGGAAUUGUUUGUCAAUUGUGGCCAUAGUUGACCAGAGUUAACCUUUUGAUGUUUUAAGUUUAUUUUCAUGUUGAGCUCUUGUUUUUUCUCACUUUGUUUUAUUUGCUUUGGUAGGCUUGUAGUUGUUCCUAUAAUGUUUUACAAAUGCAUUGCAAAUGUUUAACUAGUCGUGUAUUAACAACAAAAUUAUUACAUGCAAGAUCACUCGGAUUUUCUCUCGUUUUCUAUAUCUUGAAAAGUUCAUGUUCUACUACUGCUUCUUUUUGGGUAAUAUUGUUAUACUUUAGUCAAAAUAUGAACUAUAAUGAACUAACGAGCCUUAAAUAUGCAUAAGUUGAGCAAAAUGGGUGAUAAUGAGUCUUUGAAACAUAAAGUUAAGUGUAUUAAACAUGUAAAUGGUUCAAAAUAUUUAUUUAAGUUCAUUAGUUGAAAGUUAGGAGCGAAAUAAGUCGUUUUAGUCAAAAUAUGAACUAUAAUGAACAAACGAGCCUUAAAUGUGCAUAAGUUGAGCAAAAUGGGUGAUAAUGAGUCUUUGAAAUAUAUUGCUAAGUGUAUUAAACAUGUACAUGGUUCAAAAUAUUUAUUUAAGUUCAUUAGUUGAAAGUUAGGAGCGAAAUAAGCUGUUUUAGACAAAAUAUGACCUAUAAUGAACUAACGUGCCUUAAAUGUGCAUAACUUGAUCAACUGAGGUGACCAAAUGAGGUGAGAACGAUUCAUUUUCUGAUAUUCUUAUGAUGCCUGUGAACUGCUUGAUCCGCUUGUUCUGACUGUAUUAACUAAUUUUCAUUUUAAUAAUUUCAGGUACGUUUCUAUCAUGGAGGAUGAUGAUGAUUUUCAGAUUGAUGAGGAGCUAGACGAUGAUCUUAAGGACUUUAGUAGUGAUGAGGAUAAAGAUUAUGAUGUGGAGAGAGAGGAGGAUAAGGGUGAACCUGAAGAUCGGGCACAUGAUGAGUUGCUUGAACGGAUGGAUCUAUUUGAGUCAAUGGCGGAUGGAGCUCCCCCCAUUCUAGAGAAUGACAAUGCACCAACUACAAUUACACAAGGUCAAACUGAACGAGGUAACACAAGUGGGAAGCUGAAAAUCGUUCAAAAGAAAAGAAAAGGUAGGGGCCCAACAAAAUCACUAAGAGUUACAUGCCCCAUGCACCUCGAGUACGAUGCUAACGGUCAACCUUGUGGUACGUGGCGAUUCAAGUAUGGGACUCAUGUUGGACUAUGUUUACGCAUGAUUUCCAUUUUGGAGACAUGGAGUAAGGUGUCGGAGGGUGUAAAGGACUCGAUGUGGAGCGAUACUAUGAAUCUUUUCAAUAUUGAAAAUGAUCCGUUCAAGAAAAAAAAUAUUUCUACAAGCAGUGGGCAUAAGAUUCAGGGAUUUCAAGGCCAAGUUAGUGAGUGGUUGUAUCACUAAAAGGAGACAAAGAGUUGGAAGAAACAACAAGAAGAUGAAGAUGGAAACUAUUAAGGAAAAUGGACGAGCAGGGGAAAAUGGAGAAGAAGAGGAAAAUGAAGGCGAGAAGGAGCAAGAAAGUGAAGAAUUUCCUUUUCAAAUAUACCAUCACAUCACAGCAACAGAGUGGGAAGCAUUUGU